UUGCGUCACAUGAUAAUGGAUGAUUAUGAGCGCUCAAAAAAAGUUUUCAAAAUGGCGGAUAAUUCAAAGUCGGACAUUUCUUGUUCUCCAAAACAAAGUGAAGGACACCCUAAAUCGGACGAUUUAACGGACAAAGAUGGUCUUCAUAUGCUUCACAUAAGAGAGGCUCUCGAUAAGACUCUCAAAAAAUGUUUGGAAUCUGCAAGGUACAAUGUAUUUGCAAAGCACUAUAAAUUUGUAAAAGAAAAAGCACUGAGGAGUAUUGUGUCACAGUUUGUAGAAAAUCUGCAAUCAUCCAUACAGACUGAAUUGGAUUUGAUGAUAAAGGAAGAGGGAUUAGUGGCAUUAUUUAAUGAACUUGACCAGCUAAUCGAAGACACACCCACAGACCGUGAAGGACCAGCAUGGAGACCAAGCGGAGAUCCAAAUUCUGAUGUCAUAAAUCACCGGAUGCAACCAAAAUUAAAAGAGAAAGAACGACUAGUGAAGUUGCUUGAGCAGUGUGAGGUGGAAAACAAAAGAUUACAAGAAGCUUUGAAACCCAGGAAAAGGCAGCUUGCAGAUACUCAGCAGAAACUAAACAAGAGAUUCAAGGCAUUUGAAGAUGCUGCAAAGGCUUGUGAUAAAAUCCCAAUGAAGGAAAUACAAGAGAGCGUGAAGCAUCUGUCACAGAUGUGAAAUGGUAUCAGAGAAGGUGCCAUACAGAAGUAUAGUUUAAACAGUCGUGGCUCUUCUAAGAUACUUGAAAGAAGAAAACAAUGAGGGUGGUUACUGAUGGAGCAAGAUAUUUUUUUUCCAACCAACAAGAACUCCUGAGCCUGAGGAUGUUUAUAUUUUAAGACUAUUGGCUGGAUGCGCUGUCAAAGAGGAUUGUCUUCUCUGUGGAAAAAUUCAAAACCAUGAAAUUCAAAUAAAACACACUGCAAUUUGCAAGUAUUAAAAUAAGUUGUCCACUCAUAAUGAGAUCAGAUCAAAGCAUUGAUGACUCCAGAAAUUUGCCGACGAGGCGUCUGACGGAGGUUCUAAGCAAGAGGUCUACUAGAGCCCCGAUCAGGGUCCCAGAGUAGAAAUUUCUGGUAAAUUUAAUGGGGAGAGUGUUUAUGGCUUAGUACGACCCACAAUUGUGCUUUUUAGACCACAAUAACAGGGAUUUGCAAUCAAAAUAACGUUUUGGAUAGGCAGAUUUAUAUCUUUGGAGAAAAUUCCUCCCCCCCCCCCCCAGUACUACCUGGAUCAAAGCAUAUUUAAAGAAUCUACACAAGGAAUAUUGAAUUUAUUUUAUGCAUUUGCAAAAAAAAAAAAAUUUUAUCAUUCAUUCUAAUUUUAAAUUAAAAGCAAAUAACUAUUCCUAAAUAUAUAAAAAAGAGCAAUUUAGAUUAUGUAAUUUGAUUGUUCAAAGAUUUUUUUUUUAGCUCACCUCUUACAGAAUUUGUAUAGUAGGGAGAUUUCGAUUGCACGACGACGGUAGAACGUACAACGAAAUGACAUCACUUAAAGUCAUCUGCGCAUACGAGGACGUCAAGGUCACCUCAUCGAGUAGAUUCUGGAACACAAUUUGGCCAAAUCUAGUUAUGCAGAGAACGUAGGACGCCAGGCAGGACGGUCACGCAUGAGUGAUUCCGUUCUGUCGUCGCACAAAUCGAAAGCUUCCUAAUAUCUUUAUUAUACAAGGAGACUUUAUUCAUCCCACUAUGGGAACAUUUCUUUGGUUAAUAAAACAGUGUGAAUAUAACAUAUAACAAGGCUAUCUAUCCAGGGUUUUUUUUUUAUGUUAGUGAGGGCGCCCUCCAAUGCUAGCAUUAAAGCCCUGUUCAGACUAUCACAUUUUAUUUUAAAAAAAACAUGUGACAUGCCUAAAUAUGGUCAUGAUGACAUCAUGUCAUGACCAUAUAUAGGCACAUCGUGACUAUAUUUGGGCAUACGACAUUUUUUUGUCAAAGAAAAUUUUAUAAUCUUUUAGUUUUAGAAUAGGCAAAUUCAACUUACAGCCUGUAGAAUACCCAUGUUCAUAAACACCAAAAUGGAAAGAAUAUACCUGUAGUGAUAAAAAUAUAAUUGGAUUUAUCAAAAUCAAGCCUUAAUUGCUUACUAGAGUCUUUUUAACCAAUGAAAAUGAAUUGCAGUUUUAAAUUGUGUUUUCAGUCAUACAAAUUAUAGUCUCUAUUUUGUGUAAAUAAUAUGUAAAUGUAGGUUAAUGAUUUGGAGAAAUAUUAAUUUAUGUUGAAUUGGGCAUGAGAUGAUCCCAUGCUUUUUUUUCCCAAAAUGUUGGAAUUUUUUUUAAAGCAACACAUAUGACCAAUGUUGUACUAGGAACCAACAGCUAGAAUAUCUAUUCCAAAAAACGAUAAAUACAACCAGGUAUAAUAAUAAUAAUAUGUCGUUCUUAUAUAGCGCUUAAUGCCUUAACAAAGCCUCUAAGCACUUCACAUUACUACCCCGGUCAUUGGAUAAAACACAUAUGGAACACAUUGAA